AUGAGCCAGCUCAUGUCGAACGAAACGGACGGCUGGAGUAGCAACGGGUCGUGCCUGCCAACCGUUGCCGCCCCGGUGGUCGAGGUCGGGCUCAAUGUACCGUACGCGAUGCUGGAGAGCCUGGUGGCACUGAUGGCCAUCUUCGGUAACGUGCUCGUGAUCGUAGCGUUCAAGCGCGAGCGACGGCUCCGACGCCGUACCAACUUCUAUAUCGUGUCGCUCGCCUCUGCAGACCUGCUGGUCGGCACCCUCGGCAUCCCGUUCGCCGUGCUGGCCUCGAUCGGGCUACCUCGGAAUCUGCACGCCUGCCUGUUCACCAUAUCGCUGCUGGUGGUGCUGUGUACCAUCUCCAUCUUCUGCCUGGUGGCCGUCUCGAUCGACCGCUACUGGGCGAUACUGCACCCUCUAGCCUACUCCCGCAACAUGCGCACCAAAACGACGCUCUAUAUCAUCAGCGUGUGCUGGCUUGUAGGAUCAGUUAUCGGGUUCCUUCCCCUCUUCGGUUGGCACGAGAAUCCGGACGAGGACGCGUGCCUCUUCGUCAAGGUGAUGAACUACGACUAUCUCGUCUUUCUGUACCUUGUCACUAUCAUCAUACCGGCGGUGUUGCUGCUGGCGUUCUACAUCCACAUCUACCGCGUGAUUGUCCGGCAGCGUCAGCAGAUUCUUUCGGUGAACUCGGUCGAUAGUCGCUUCUCCGCAAGCCCGCGGGCUAGUCUGGAAGUGAGCAAGAGCCCGUCGGACCUACAUUCCGGAUCCACGACCAGAAGCAAGAAGAAGGAUAACUGCAAUGGGCAACCCAUGCUGCGGAUGCUGCGAGCUGCCCAGAACCGGGAGGUGAAGGCCACCCAGAACCUGUCCAUUAUCGUGCUGUUCUUCAUGAUCUGCUGGCUGCCGCUGCACACGAUCAACUGCAUCGUCGCCUUCUGCCCGCAGUGCCACAUCCACGCCCCGGUGAUGCUGUUCGUCAUCACCCUGUCGCACCUGAACUCGGCGAUCAACCCGCUGCUGUACGCGUACCAUCUGAAAGAUUUCCGUGCGGCGCUGAAGCGCCUGAUCCUGGCCAUGUUUGGUCUAGCGCCGGCGGACAGCACUCUGCAGCAGCAGCCUGAUUGCGUGAACUGCAUAUCGGCGCUAGCGCACCAACAGCAGCAGCCGCAACACCUGCAGGUGUACCAUGUCAAGUAA